ACUAAGAACAGUUCACACAGAACUAAGAACAGUCCACACAGAACUAAGAACAGUUCACACAGAACUAAGAACAGUCCACACAGAACUAAGAACAGUUCACACAGAACUAAGAACAGUCCACACAGAACUAAGAACAGUUCACACAGAACUAAGAACAGUCCACACAGAACUAAGAACAGUCCACACAGAACUAAGAACAGUUCACACAGAACUAAGAACAGUUCACACAGAACUAAGAACAGUCCACACAGAACUAAGAACAGUCCACACAGAACUAAGAACAGUCCACACAGAACUAAGAACAGUUCACACAGAACUAAGAACAGUCCACACAGAACUAAGAACAGUCCACACAGAACUAAGAACAGUCCACACAGAACUAAGAACGGUUCACACAGAACUAAGAACAGUCCACACAGAACUAAGAACAGUUCACACAGAACUAAGAACAGUCCACACAGAACUAAGAACAGUCCACACAGAACUAAGAACAGUCCACACAGAACUAAGAACAGUCCACACAGAACUAAGAACAGUCCACACAGAACUAAGAACAGUUCACACAGAACUAAGAACAGUCCACACAGAACUAAGAACAGUCCACACAGAACUAAGAACAGUCCACACAGAACUAAGAACAGUUCCACACAGACAACUAAGAACAGUCCACACAGAACUAAGAACAUCCACACAGAACUAAGAACAGUUCCACACAGAACUAAGAACAGUUCACACAGAACUAGAACAGUCCACACAGAACUAAGAACAGUCCCGACACACAGAACUAAGAACAGUCCACACAGAACUAAGAACAGUCCACACAGAACUAAGAACAGUCACACAGAACUAAGAACAGUCCACACAGAACUAAGAACAGUCCACACAGAACUAAGAACAGUCCACACGAACUAAGAACAGUCCACACAGAACUAAGAACAGUCCACACAGAACUAAGAACAGUCCACACAGAACUAAGAACAGUCCACACAGAACUAAGAACAGUCCACACAGAACUAAGAACAGUCCACACAGAACUAAGAACAGUCCACACAGAACUAAGAACAGUUCACACAGAACUAAGAACAGUUCACACAGAACUAAGAACAGUUCACACAGAACUAAGAACAGUUCACACAGAACUAAGAACAGUCCACACAGAACUAAGAACAGUCCACACAGAACUAAGAACAGUCCACACAGAACUAAGAACAGUUCACACAGAACUAAGAACAGUCCACACAGAACUAAG